CAAACUUUCAGUGAUAAAGAUAAUCUGCGAGAAGCAAGAAAGAGAGAACAAGUUUUGAAAGAAAAAUAGAAGUUCCAACAUUCUUUGCAAGCAAACAAAUCUCUGAAUUUUCAAUUACAACAGUUAAUCAAAGAUAAAUAUAGUCAGGAAUACAAUAUGGUCACAAUUGGCAAUGCACAUGAUGAUUUGAUUCAUGACGCCGUCUUGGAUUAUUAUGGUAAAAGAUUAGCCACUGCUUCUUCUGAUAAAACCAUCAAGAUCUUUGAUAUUGAGGGAACUCAAGAAUAUAAAUUGGCUGAAACUUUGGUCGGUCAUGAAGGUCCAGUUUGGCAAGUUGCCUGGGCUCACCCUAAAUUCGGCUCCAUAUUGGCUACUUGUUCAUAUGAUGGGAAAGCGUUGAUUUGGAAAGAGCAACCAGAAACUCAACAAUGGUCUAUUAUUGCUGAACAUAAAGUGCAUCAAGCAAGUGUUAACUCUGUAAGCUGGGCUCCUCAUGAGCUUGGUGCAGUAUUAUUAUGUACCUCUUCAGAUGGUAAAGUGUCGGUUGUUGAUUUUAAAGAAGAUGGUACUACUUCUCAUGUUAUAUUCGAUGCACAUGCCAUAGGGGUGAAUUCUGCUUCUUGGGCUCCUAUAAAUACCUCUGGUAAGGAUUCUCAAAAUGAGCGUAGGUUUGUUACAUGUGGAUCUGAUAACUUGGCUAAAAUCUGGAAGUUUGACUCUUCCUCCAAUACCUAUGUUGAAGAAGCUAAAUUAGAAGGACAUACAGAUUGGGUACGUGAUGUCUGUUGGUCUCCUUCAGUCUUGAUCAGAAGUUAUAUUGCUACUGCUUCUCAAGACCGUACCGUUUUGAUUUGGUCUCAAGAUAAUACAGGCAAAUGGCAAAAGCAACCAUUAACUUCAGAAAAAUUCCCCGAUGUUUGUUGGAGAGCUUCUUGGUCCUUAUCUGGUAACAUUUUAGCUGUUUCCGGUGGUGAUAAUAAGAUCAGUUUAUGGAGAGAAAAUUUACAAGGUAAAUGGGAAUCUGCUGGUGAAGUUGACCAAUAAAUGUACUAUAUUUGAUCUCCAGUAAUAUGGGAGCAAUUCUUCUAAUGACUUCAAAAUUUAAAACAUAAAAAUAAAAAAAAAAUUGAAAAAAAUCAAAAUCAAAGAUUAAAC